GCUGACCCAUCCUCCGUAACAGUAGGUGGCGGUAAAGUCCCAUUAAGUUGGUCGCCAACCGCCGUAAAACUUGAAGAAGCGGAAGCUCCACCGAGAUGCACAAGUCAGAUGAAGGAUUUAUCUACUGAGAUUCUCUAGAGCAACAAACCUUUGAGAUCUGAACUCAGACCAGUGAAACUAACAGUCAUUGUUACUGAGAGGUGAAAUGGAGCAGAAAAUGUCUAAUCUGGAGCAAGAAAACCUAUCCUGUUCCAUCUGUUUGGAUCUACUAAAGGAUCCAGUGACUAUUCCUUGUGGACACAGCUACUGUAUGAACUGUAUCAAAGACCACUGGAAUGGAGAAGAACAGAGGAGAACCCACAGCUGCCCUCAGUGCAUGAAAGAGUUCAGACGAAGGCCUGGUCUAAAAAAAAACAUCACGUUAGCUGCUUUAGUGGAGGAUCUGAAGAAGACUGGACUCCAAGCUGCUCCAGCUGAUCACUGCUAUGCUGGACCUGAAGAUGUGGCCUGUGAUGUCUGCACUGGGAGGAAGAUGAAAGCUGCCAAGUCCUGUUUAUUCUGCCCUGCUUCUUACUGUAGGAAUCACCUCCAACCUCACUAUGAUGCUCCACCAUUAAAGAAGCACAAGCUGGUGGACCCCUCCAAGAACCUCCAGGAGAACAUCUGCUCUCAUCAUGAUGAGGUGAUGAAGAUCUUCUGUCGUACUGAUCAGCAGUGUAUCUGUUAUCUCUGUUUAAUGGAUGAACAUAAAGGUCAUGAAACAGUGCCAGCUGCAGCAGAAAUGACUGAGAAGCAGAAGAAGCUCCAGGUGAGUCAACAACAAAUCCAGCAGAGAAUCCAGGAUCAAGAGAAAGAUCUGAAGCUGUUUCAACAGGAGGUGGAGGCCAUCAAUGUCUCUGCUGAUAAAGCAGUGGAGGACAGUGAGAAGAUCUUCACUGAGCUGAUCCAUCUCAUCCAGAAAAGAAGCUCUGAUGUGAAGCAGCAGAUCAGAUCCCAGCAGAAAACUGAAGUGAGUCGAGUCAAAGAUCUUCAGGAGAAGCUGGAGCAGGAGAUCACUGAGCUGAAGAGGAAAGAUGCUGAACUGGAGCAGCUCUCAAACACAGAGGAUCACAACCAGUUUCUCCACAACUACCCCUCACUGUCAGCACUCAGUGAGUCUACACACUCAUCCAGCAUCAAUAUUCGUCCUCUGAGAUACUUUGAGGAUGUGACAGCAGCUGUGUCAGAGCUCAGAGAUAAACUACAGGACAUCCUGAGAGACACAUGGUCAAACAUCUCACUGAGAGUCACUGAAGUGGAUGUUUUACUGUCAGAACCAGAACCAGAACCAAAGACCAGAGCUUGUUUCUUAAAAUAUUCACGAGAAAUCACUCUGGAUCCAAACACAGCCAGCAGAUGUUUGUUAUUAACUAAUGAAAACAGAAAAGUGACAUCUGUGAAAAAAAUACUGCCUUAUCCUGAUCAUCCAGACAGAUUCACUGAUCAUAAUCAGGUUCUGAGUAGAGAGAGUCUGACUGGUCGUUGUUACUGGGAGGUGGAGUGGAGAGCGUCAUUAGGAGUUGAAGUAGCAGUUUCAUACAAGAACAUCAGGAGAUCAUCAGGAUACUCAAAUGAAUCAAUAUUUGGAUGCAAUGACAAAACUUGGUCAUUACAUUGUAACAAAAACAGUAACAUAUUUUAUCACAACAACAUUAAAAUUCCGGUAUUAGGUCCAGGUUUCCCCAGAGUAGGAGUGUAUUUGGAUCACAGAGCAGGUAUUCUGUCUUUCUACAGAGUCUCUGAAACCAUGACUCUCCUCCACAGAGUCCAGACCACAUUCACUCAGCCUCUAUAUGCUGGGAUUGGACUUGGCCCUGUCCUUUAUAAAUCCUCUGCUGAGUUUAUUAAACUGAAAUGAGCUUCCUCCGUAGGGUGGCGGGACACUCCCUUAGAGAUAGGGUGAGGAGCUUGAACUGUUUGGGAUCAGGUGGGAGGAAAUAUGACUUGAACUGAAAUAAAAGCUCAGCUAGGAAGUCCUGUAAUAUUAGCUUUGAUGUGUGUCUGAACAUUAACUUAGUCAUCCUGUUUGAGAAAGUUGUUGAAAUAUUUCAUUUUAAAACCUAGUUUCCUAGUAAAUGGUCCUUACUUCAUCCCUCUACGGUGUUUUUUUUUUUUUUACUUACUGUGUUUGUUGUGAGAGACUGAUGUUUGAUUUACGAUGUAAAUGAUGGAAACCCAAGUUAAAAUUCAUGUUUUUCCCCUGAAACCUGGUUAAUAAAGUUGGUUCUGAUUCUUC